UGAACUUUUAAUAUCUGCUGCAUUCACCUCGGCAGGGAAAACUUUCGCCUUUCAAUAACUUUCUGGACUAUUUGAACAAUAUGUUUUACUACCCUGUUGUUUUACAGCGACACACUGGAUGUUUCUCGACGAUCUGGCUGGUGGCCACUAAGGGAAAAAAGGUCCCACGCCGGGAGUUCCUGAAAGUCAACGUUACACGCACCUGUGAUGACAUCAUGAACUACGUGCUGGAGCAGGUCCCACCGCCUCAUCCCAGCCUGCCGCGACCUCGUUUCUCCUUAUACCUGUCCUCCCAGCUCCAAUAUGGCGUCGUCCUAGUCUUCCACCGCCAAUGUACCCUUCUUCUGGAGGAUAUUCAGUAUAUUUGGAGUCGGCUGUUGAAGCAGAAGAGAGCUCGGCAGCUUGACAUUGAGGACCAGGGCAAACAAGCUUUACUCUUCCGGGAUGCUCUGUCUUACCUGGAUGACGCUGAUGGAGUGCCUGAUCCUUUUUUUGGAGUAAUGGAUGAUGGCAUGGCGAGUCUCAACACACUGAUUAAGAUGGCGGACACUCACCUGCAAAUGGCCUCUCGUCAGGAGCUGACACCAAGCCCCCUACAAGCAAUCACUGCAUCUCGGGGAAGUAUCACCAUGAAAGAGACAGAGCUGUUUACCAUCCCUACCACAGAGUUUGAAGGUCCAGACCUAGAAGCCAACCUGGAAGUUACACUCGCCCAUUUGGACGAGCAACCCGACAACUUCUUAGAGGUUAUGGAAAGACAGGGGGGAGCGCCUGCCGAAGAAGAGGUUAGAGAGACGACACCGGAGAGGGAGCAAGAAAUGGAUGCAGAGCCAACACAAACCAUUCCUGAAUUGCCAGAGGACACCAUCUUGCACCCACCGGAUAAGACCCUAGAGAUUCCUCCAACCAUUGCGCAGGAGCUAACCCCAGUCUCCGCCCCUGCUGCUGCAGAGGUAGUUGCCGAGUUAGAGGCUGCGCCCCUCCCUGGAAGGAAGGUGCCGAAGCGAAAGAGGAAGAGGCAGCUGAUCUUCUUUGACCCGGAAACGCAGAUCCACUGGGGAACGCUUAAGAGGCAGAUUGAUGACCCUCUGAUAGGGACCAGAGCCCCAACAUUCCUCCCGCCUGUGUCUCAAAGGAUGAAAACAGAUGGCGAGUUGCUUGGUGCACCUUGUAACGUCCUGCCAGAAGAGCUGCUGUUGCUAUGGAAACUGUGUAUUAGCAUCACGACCGAGGCCGAGCGCGAACAACAGAGGCCUGAGGUCCCUGAAGAUGCAGCAAAACUGGGUGUGGACUCUACCUCAGACUCUGGUUUGCUGGAGAUGUCCAACCCCCGGGAGGUGAUUUACCAGUCAGACCAAGAUGGAUCUGUCUCUACUCUGCCAGGCAUUCGUGAGGAGAUAGACGAGAUGGCGGAGAAAAAAAUGGAGUCUGUUGGGUUGUUGCCAGGACUGGAGGAGCAGCAGGGGGAGACUGCUGUUUUGUUUGAAACUCUGCUGCCUCCUCAGGCUGACCGCAGAACUGUCAGCAAUGUUUUUCAAAAACUCCUUGAGGAUUUGACAUCCAGGAGGAGGCUUGUGCAGCAGGACAUGCCUUAUGGGGACAUCCUGAUUACCCCUGGUCCCAACUUUUAGGACCCAGUGUAUCACCCAAAAAUGUUACUAAUCAUUUGUUCUGUUCUUUUAUUCCUGUUCUUAAACUAUUGUAAUGUUCAUUGUGUUUUUAUUACUGUUCUUACACUAUUUUACUGUUCACAAUGUUGUCUUUUAUUCCUGUGCCUAAAUCACAGUUGUCUUUUAUUCUUGUUCUAAAACUCUUUGAUUUGUUCCUCUGUUUGUUACUCCUGAUCUGACAUAAAUUUGUUUUUACUCUGUUGCAAUGGUAACAAGUUAGAAUUAGUCUGAGGUGUUGCCACUUAUAAAGUCAUGGUCUUCCAUAUACCACAGCAUUGUCUGAUCACUACCUUGUACAAUUAUGUACAUUUGCAAUGUUAUGACGCAUUGCAAAUGUUCUGAUAACAACCAAUGCUUUAGC